ACAGUUUUACGCACUUACGACCCCGCCCACUUUUUAACCUGCGCGGGUUUCAAUCAGUCGAAACCGAUAACACCUGUGAAGCGUCCACGCGCCGUCAGCACGUGUUCACAUCGGCGACCACGGUGAACCGAACCGAACCGAGCCGAGACGAGACUGUUUUUCCAGCAGAGGCCAUGGCCAACAUCGACGUUCUGUCCGCCAGGUUUGCCACUUUUGACAAAAUGUACAUGCAUGAAGCACGUGAACAGAGCUUUGCCGACUGGCCGUUCAGGGAGGAGUGUAACUGCACACCUGAAAAGAUGGCCAAGGCUGGGUUUGUCCACUGCCCCAGUGUGAAUGAACCGGAUGUUGCCUGCUGUUUCUUCUGUCUGAUCGAGCUCGAGGGCUGGGAGCCAGAUGACGAUCCUUGGACUGAACACUCAAAACGUUCCCCUGACUGCGGGUUCUUGACAAUGAAGAAAGACUUCACGGAGCUGACUGUGGCUGACUACUAUCGAAUGGAAAAGGAGAGGCUAAAGGUCUACCUUAAAAAAGUCUGCCAUAAGAGGAUGGCAUAUUUUCGGGAUGGCAUUGACCGUAUGCUUGAGAGCCUUAGAUCUCAGUUGGACACUCUGACAUGAUUGAAUGCCAUCUUCUUGUUUUUAUAUUCUGUUAGUGCCACACCAAUCUUAAGAGUGUAGCACUCAGAUUUAAUCUGUACUCAAUAGUUUUAUGCAAUCGCAGUUUACAAUAUCAAUAAAGUUGUGAGGUCUAUUCCACUUUGUUUGUAGUACUGUAUUUAACCAGAAGAGGGGGCAUUUGCAUUAAAGCUGCAGUUGUCCCUUGUCAGGCGCCCACUGGAGUCUCACAUCUUGCACUCCAAUCCUUCACAAAGAAGAUCUUCAAUGAAAGCUCACAUUCAGAAGGAUUACAAUGUGGGCUAUAUUCCCUCUUUUCAACUAAAUACUUACCAUUUUCCAGAACGUGCCACCAUCUCUACCACCCCUUUUCAAACCUUGACCCUAGACAGAUGGCCUGAAGCCCCUCCCUUUUAAUACCAACUGUUGCCCAAGUAACAUCUGUUACAUAUAGGGACGGUGUACACCGAGAGGGCUCACCGGGACACUUGCCUAACUCUGUGACCAGGACCAAGAUUUAGGAAACCCUAAGGAUGGAGAUGUGGCAAAUGUGCCCAUGAAGUAAACACUCAAAGACUGCACUGUCGCACUGUAAGGCUUCACUGAUCUUAUUUUGCAAUUAAACGUUUAACGCCAUAGU